AUGGAAUCUGCGCCGUUUGCAGGCGUCGUCCUCUGCUGCACCAGCAUUCCCGUCGACCUCAGGACCUCCCUCGCCAAAAAGGUCGAAGAACUCGGCGGCGUCCACAAAAACGAUCUGACCCAUGAGGUCACCCACCUUAUCGUCGGCGACUACAACACUCCCAAAUACCGCCAUGUCGCCCUCGACCGCCCAGACAUCAAGCCCAUGUGUGUCGGCUGGGUCGACGCCGUGAGAGAUCUCUGGACACGCGACGCCCCCAUCGACUUCCCCGCGCUCGAGGCAGCCUGGCAGCUGCGCACGUUUGAAGUCCACGGCGGUCUUCCCGCGGGACCAGACGAAGCCGACGAGGCUGGUGCGGGCGGCAACAACAAUGAGGGUGGUGGUGAGCCCGGGGACGCCGCGGCGGCCAAGCGCGGCCGGCUGCUGUGCUCCGUGACGGGCUUUGAAGAAGAAGACAGGCAGGCCGUCAUUGCUUUGAUCGUCGACAACGGCGGCGUCUACAGCGGCGACUUGACGCGCGCCGUGACACACUUGAUUGUCAACAAGCCCGAGGGCAAAAAGUACAACGCGGCGCUGCACUGGAACAUCAAGACCGUGGCCAUUGAGUGGCUGCACGACAGCGUGGCGCGCGGCAUGAUCUUGGACGAGUCCAAGUACGAUCCACGCCUCCCGGCGAACGAACGGGGCAAAGAUGCGUGGGGGCGCAACAACGCCGAGCGGACAGCCUCGAUCCUCGGCAAGCGUCUACGCGAUGCCGCCGCCCAGGCAGCUGCCGCCGAAAAGCAGAAUGGUCAACGAAAACUGCGCAAAACGACAAGCCAGAAGCUCUCCGUGCAGCGGGACGACCUAUGGGGUGACAUUCUAGGAAAGCCAGCACAGCCAUCCCCUGCGGCCGGGCCAGCUCCGCCCCAAGCCGCUGCCACAGAAGCAAGGAAGAGCGCAACGCCAGCUGCUGACUCUUCCAAGCCUACAAAUGGCGCCGACAUUCGGAAGCCACCACAAAAAGCACCGGCGCCACCUGCCGAGGACGUAUCGAACGGGGGUGUGCUCUCCACGUCCAUAUUUUGUAUACACGGCUUCAGCCCAGAGCGGACCAACGUCCUCGCUGGUGCUGUGGCGACCAUGGGCGGCGCCAUUGCGUCGUCCCUCGCCGAAAUGGCAGCAAUCGCUUCAAGACGGCCAGAUACACCACUCUUCCAGCACGUCAUUGUGCCACAGGAGGAGCGGCCGGAGACACAUCCAGCCGUGGCCAACGAUGUCCUCCUUGUCACAGAAUUUUUUAUCGAACGGUGCCUGCACAAGAAGCAGUACGCACUCAGUGGAGGGCCGUCCACAACACUGGCGCAAGCGCCGAAUCCAGGCACGAUCGGCCGUCCAUUCGCCGUAUUUCCCAUCCCGGGCUUCGCCACGCUGUCUAUUUGCUCAUCGGGCUUCACAGGCGUUGAUCUCAACCAGAUUGACAAGACUGUCCGGCAGCUCGGCGCAAAGUACGAGGAGCGGUUCACGGCGCAGUGCUCCGUGCUCGUGGUGACGUCACUGCCGGCAGUGCGAAAACAAAAACUCGAGCUCGCACUCUCCUGGAAGGUGCCCGUCGUCGAGGCCAAGUGGCUACAAGCCUGUAUCAAGUCGGGGACACUGGUCCCCGUUGGUGACUACCUCUUCCCACAGCUGCGGCAAAAUCCAAGCAGCCUCAACGGCCCGGCUGUCCGGCCAUCCACGGCGAAGGCACAACCAUCCAACCCGGAGCCGACGUUGGCAUUCACCGUCCCGACCCUCGUCGUGGCUAGUCCUCGAACGUUGCAUUCUGCCGGUGCCCAAGAUCAACAAGACGAAGAAGGCGGUCCGAAGAACAACGGAAAUGAGACGGACUUGGACCCGACGGCUCCUUAUGAAACAGCGCAGUCCCACCAGGAGGAGCCUCUUCUCCCGCCAAUCAGCACGACGACGGCUGCCGCUGCGCAGACAACAUACAACAAAGACGUCGACCUGCAAACAUUGUCUGUGGCUCCAUCAGCAGCACAGCAGCCGCUCGUCAAUAAUCCCUUUCGGUCCGAUUCCGAUUCGCCGCCUUCUCGGCGACCCGUCGAAUUGGCGCAACCUGCAUCAGUACCAGCACCGCAGCUGCGACAACAGCAACAGCCGAAACCACGACAGCCACUGAACCGCGUGCACAGCGAGAUUGCCGACUCGGCCGCCGGUGACUCGGACGGCUUCAUCGAUAGCGACGAUGGAGGAGGCGUGGGCAGUAGCAAAGUGUCGCCGCUUAAGCAGAUGCGACAACAAAGCCUACAACGGCAACAGCAACAGCAACAACAGCAGCCAAAAUCAGCAAACACAUCUACGACGAUGAAGCGAAGCGCAACAGCAAGGACAGCAGCAGCAUCCACAAAGGCCGUCCAUCGGCCUGUUCUUGGCCGUGUGGCCAGCGACGGCCUCGGCCACCAAUACCACCAACCAGCCAUUCCCAUGGGGAUCUCCAUUGACGACCUCAUCAAAGACACCGGCGGCGCGCCCGCCAAGUCCAUCGCCGCUCUCCAGCAGCAGCCGUCCAACCAGCAGCUGCUGCCGUCGCACCAAACCAAACGGGGAUCCGGGUUUGGUCGGUCCCACAGCAGCGUGUUGGGCAUGUCCGUGCCGGAAAACGACGUGCUGGCGGAGCCGCGCGGGUACGACGGCAGUGCUGUCGCCGGCGUCUCCGACCUGCCGCCGACACAGAACCAAGUGCAGUACCUCGACCCCGAAGCCGAGCGGAUGCGGGAGCAGCUGAUGCGCAAAAUCAUGGGCGGUGCGGACCCCCAACCGGCCAACGCGAACACGGGGGAGGCAAGGCCAACGGCAUCGGCCGUUGGUCGCAGGGAGGACAAUGCUGCACUGCGCGCAGGUACGGCCGAAGAGGCACUGGCCGAGGCGCGGCAAAGCGUGCGACGAAGCAGCCGGCUGCGGUGA